UAAAACUGUAAAGUCUAUAAACCGAUGUAGUUUCGAUUGGAACAUAUGAUUCCAAUAAGAAUUUUUAGUUGCACAAAAUAUCCAACUACUUACUCACCGUGCACUACACACACUGACUAGACUGCUACUUGCGGCGAGUUUGGAUUAGUGCCGAUCACAGCAGCAGCAGCAGGGCAAAGAGAAACAAAAGUCACCAGAGCUUCAGUGAACAGCGAGCUGGUUUACUGUCGGCAGGCUGUUCUGCGUUAGUUAAAACGGUUCGAAGUGGUGUGGUUCCAUAUUUGUUCAGACAGCCGAAUAGAUGAUUAGCUUGGCGGAGAAUAUUGGAUUGUACUUUUUCUUUUACUGAAAAAAAUACAUUAUACUGUACCGGGCUUUUGUGCAGCAGUGCUAUUGAAUGAAGAAGCGAGAGUUUGCUGUUGGUGGAAAGUAGUGGUGCGGCAUCGAAUUUGAUAUACAGAGAUUGGAAUUGGAAUAGAAGCAGAACAGGUAGAGAAUAGAGGGAAUAGUCCUGAAAUCAAGCAGCGAUAUAGAUGUGCUAUUGAUAAUACUAUCAUCGAGAAUAAAUAAGUGCCCAUCGCGAAGAAACGGAGUCGUUGAAAGCACGGGAGUAAUAUUUGUCAGUGAAAAUGUCGAUCAGGUGCAAAUGUCUGAAUAUUGUGGUAACGCUGGUGGGAUCGGACAACGAAUCCCAUCCGCACUUUGAUCUGGAUGCUUACCUCAGCCGCCAGAAGCGGCCGCAGCAGGAAUCGGCUACUACGGCCUCAGUAACAAGAGCGACGACACCCAGUGACGACCAUUUUCUAUUUUUCAAAGAGGCCCUCGGUCCAGUCCAGUGCUCCGCCAUCGAGAUCCAGUUCGAUGGCCUUUUACAGAAAGUGCGCGUCUUCGAGGAAUGGGACCUGAGCCAGUGCCGGAACUGUGCGUGCUGCGUGUACGCUCGGAAUGUAACGGACACAACCACUACCACCUCCACCACUACCUGUUUAGUCAAUGCUACUCUGCUGACGAACCAGGACCAACUCAACGCCCGCAUGGCCGACAAAGAUUACUCCCCUGCAUUCGGUAUUCUGUUGGACCCAUCCACUCUGACCUACAGUGAUCUGGCCGAAAGGAAUAAGAUGCUCGGCAAGAGCGACAACCGGUUCGUGAAUGUGGUACGUGCCUACAUGGAACGAGAGACGGAAGCUUCGAACGAACGGAUCCAUCGUUUCACUGAGCAGGAGUUUGCGGGCCUCAAAGUGAAGCGGGAACGCGCCGAACAGGACUGUCAUAUUCUAACUAAACUAGCAAGAAACGUACCUGACCUACUAGCGAACAGUAGCGGCAAGAACAGCACCAAGAGUGCGGAGAACUCCGUCCGGCAGUCGACGGUAAAGGCGUCGUCGGUCCAAGCGUCGGACAGCAUGAGUCCAAUGGCGCCUCCUGGGACAAAACCCAGCCGAAUGAUCAAUCUGAAUGACUCUAGCGGCAGUCAGCUGGAGACACCACCUCCCACGCCCGAAUAUCUGCCAAUGUCCACCGGUAAUAGUCCACCGAUGAGUGCCGCUUCGAGUGCUCAUGGUCGACGGCAGACGACCACCCCAUCGUCUUCCUCCUCAAUGUCAGCCGCCGACCAAUCCUCGUCCUCGUCGCCGGUUGCGAAAGCAGCAGUCGCUACCGGCGCGCGCAUCACACCCAGAGCAAACCAUAGCUACUCGAACGGUAGCAACAAUAAUAAUAACGCUAGUUUUAACAAUACCCGAGGUGCCAUCAAUAGACAACCGCCAACAACAACAGCACACCAACAUUCCAGUACAAAUGCGAUCAUGAUGCAACGGAUGGCCCAAAGCUCGUUCGAGUCGGAGUGCAUGUUCGACAUCGAUGGUAUGGAAAACGAUAAAUCGCCGCCAUCGAACACGCCUUCGGAUGAGGAGGAACUAGGAUUCGAUGAAUCAAUCAGCAAUAACAAUGACGACGGUAUGUAUAUCCCACCGCGUCAGUAUGGCCGCCAAAUUAGCUCGAUUGCGAAGAGUCUUCCGAUCUCAAUGCCCCAGGCAAUGGCGCAGUUCCGGACGAACGAGGAGGAUUUUGACGAGUUGACCGAAGACAACGUGGAUAUCGCCGCCAGUAUUAAGGCACUCGCGAAGAGUGUCCAUGGGGAUACAGUUUUUGGCGAUCUGCCACGGCCUCAGGUUCAACGAUUCAGCACACAGAUUUAAGUGCACUCUCCCCAAAAGAAAGAGAAAACAAAAGAGAGAAAAGAACGCGGUGGAGAAAAGGAAGCGGAAAACUUGUCGAGACAACAACGAUCAAUGGCUUUUAUUUGACCACAAACAAGUUGUCGUUCCUUCCUGCCCGUUUCUACUGUUAGUUAUAAUAAUGUUCAUUUAUUUUUAUUAUUUCUCUGAGGAUGAUACAGCCUCGAGCGGAUGGCUGUUAAGAUGGUUGAAUUAGUUUUGUAGUUACAUGCAUAUAUUUUUCUUAUAUUCGUAUAACCAAUGCUGCAACCCGUUCACAAUCACGUCAAGUUUCAGUUCUAUAUCAUCGGUUGGUUGGAAUGAGUUUCCGAAAUUUCAGACAGCAGAGACAUCAUCAUUAUUAAAUCAAGAGCAGAUUGUGCCGAAGAGGACGACUUCCUAUGGGAGCAGAUUUUUGUUUUAACCCAUUUUAGGCCAAGCGUUCGAAAAAUCGAACAGCAACUUUGAUAAUUUUUCAUGUCUUUGGACAGGAACCUUAUGGUAAUGUUUUUGCACCAAAAGAUAGCUUAAUUUAUUAGCUACCACUUAUAUCGAUUUCAUACAAUUUUGAGUAACUUUUUUGGAUAAUAAAUUCGAUUUAAAGCAAGUAUGUUUGGAAGGUGUUUUCAAUUUCCAUUAAAAACCCCAAUAAAAUACAAAAAUAUGUGAAUUUUUCUACAGUACUGCUCUGAUAAAAGAACAUACAUUGUGAUAUAGAGCGAAAAUCAUUCGAUUGAGCCGCAUACAGGAAAAUAACAGCCGGGGAAAUUUAGUGUUCGAAAAAUCGAACGUUGGCCAUAACGAACAUUUUUUUUUCUGCUGAAUCAACACCAACACAUCUAACAUCCGCUGCGCAUUUUGAUUUGUUUACUUUAGAAGACGGAAGGUUUUUCAUUUCUUUUUGCAUUUUAAGUUGUGAAUGUUUGCAAAUAUCGAUUAAUUUAGCAAAUAUUAUCGAAAAUCUGUAUGAUUUUUUGUCCGUAACAACAUUAGGUGAUGGCGGCCCGUAGAAUUUCUUUUGUGGAGGAGCUGGAGUAAAUGAUCAAUACGUGCAACGAGGAUCCUAAUGAGAUUGUUUGGGUGAAUAUUCUUCCGCCGGACCGAAUAAUAACCUCCCAACCCUCUAUGCCAUUGUUUUUAGCAGUACUCUGGUACUUUGCAGGUUUUGGAAAAUGUUCGAUUUUUUCGGGAAAUGGAUAAUUGGAGAGACUAGUUUUUAAGCAUUGACAUUUCUCCACAGUUAACAAUAAAAAUAACACAGCAUAUGCUUUCGUUUGAAAGAAAAAGCCUGUCAGUAAUAAGUUAAAAUUUCAUGAAAUAAGAAAUGCCACAUCUCACCUUAGGUGGAUUAAUUUGGAUUUAUACUUAGAGACCUCCAUUCUCCCGUUCUUGUUCUUCCGGGAAUCCAAAAUUGAUGCAUUUAUGAAUAACGUAUAUUUGCUAAUUGAAGUGACUUUUAGUUUGCAGUAUGUUUGUACUUGCAAAAAAAAUGCGGGUUUCGGCCAAUGUUCGAUUUUUCGAACAGUCAUUUCCCGGAAAAUGGAAGAAGGGAAAAACAUAAUUCUUGAACAUUGGAGUUCCUUUAGCGAUAAUAAUCGAAAAUACAACAAUGGCUUUCGUCAAAAAAAUAAUUUUUACAGCUUGGUCGUUAAUGGGUUAAGUUAAUGUUUUUUUUCGGAUGAAUCACGAGUAUGAUUUGAGCGAAAUUAUCAACCCAAUCGAAUGUUGAAUUUUUUUUGUUGCGUUUUGUGUUCGCAGAAGAGAACACUACCGGCUUCUCAAUCGGGCAUUUUUCUUUUUGUCGCUCGCUAAUAUUAAGUUUUUUUUGUAUCAAACUUUUUUUUCGCUGUUACGACAAAUACGGAUACUUAAGGAAAAUAAAAGAGGAAGCAUAGGUAAACUGGCAAGUUAAUCUCUUGGGAUUUUCUUGUCCUUUGAAAAACUUUGAAAGGCUGGUUAAGGAGUUGAGAUGACGAAACAAAGAUUUUGUGUAACUUUGUGGCUUUUUUGGCAAACGAAAACGCUGAUUAACUCGUUAGAGAUUAUCUGAUAGGCUGAAAAUAAGUGCAUAACAAGUAGGUAUAUGAUUAAGAUCAACGCUUGAAAACUAGGUUUGAUAGCGAGAGAAUACUUCAGAUAGAAUGUGUAAUUAUUGUCUUUUUAAAAGCUUUUCAUAUAUAUUUCAAA